AUGGUUGUUGAAGAAAUUGAACCAAUACUAAUUCAACAACCUGAUGGUAGUUCGAAAAUAGGAUUGCCACAUAAAUUGGAUAAAUUAUUGUCUUUCAAAAUUCAGCAUAAUCCAUUUGGAGAAAUGUGGGAUGUUCAUUCAAUUACUAUUGAACACUUAUUAUUUGAAAUGGCAGUUAUUCCUGCAAUGGUGAAAAUUAUUUAUAGUAUAUUUAAAUAUAAAAUGAUUUUUAAUUACUCUACUUUGUUAGCAGGAAUAGUAAUUAAUACUAUUUUUACAAUAAUAUUGCUAACUUUAACAAUAAAGAAUUUGUUUACAAGAUCUUCAAAAAAUUGGAAAAAUUUUACAUUUAUUACAUUAAUUUGGGUUGCAUGGCAAUUAAUUACACCUACAAUACAAGGAAGAUAUGUAUUGAUUGUGGUUUCAACACGAGUGAUUUCAGCAAUUGUCGCAAAAUUUCUAUCGAACAUAUUAGAAAAAGCGUCCUUACCAACAUAA